CGCGAAAGUUUCGCAACUUUUUGAUUUUUUUUGGAGUACCGACAAUUUCACCUGAAGUAUUCGUUAGUAUUUUAUUUUGUGCAGUAUUGAAUAAACUUCUUCAAACUUUCAUUGCGAAUCUGGUGUACGGGUUUCCGAAUCGUAUUUUGGGAAUUCAUUGAAUUCAUUAUUGCGCUGGUGUGGACAUCAGGAUUACGAUGGCAAACUCUUCAGACAUGACGGCUGAAAAGCUGCUUCAGCUUGCCGUCGAGCGGAGAGAACAGUUGGAGAAAUUCAAAGCCCGAAUGGCGCAGAAAGAAAAUCAGCUAAAGCAGGUGACUGUGGCUUCCAAGGGACUUAUUGAUGAAACGGACGGCUUAAGAUCUAAUUCUGCCACACCAACAACAACAACCGUUAUAAAAACAGUUGCGGAGCAGGAAGAUGGCUCCUUAUCCGUCCAAACAAAAAGGCGCUGGCCAAAAUGGCCGAUGCCUACGAGUCGAUCGACGAAGAGGAUGCGCACAGCGAUCAGAGCACCGGCACCCACAAACUGCAGCAUCCCUCCCAUGACCCGAAAGCCCGUAACCCGCCCAAACCCUCCCGUUCCUCCGGCAACAUCGCCCCGCACUUCCCGGAGAAACGCGAACACGUCCCCACCGGGCAGUCGCCUUACAGCAGCCUGAAAAUCCCCAAAACCAACACCACCCCCAAGAAAUCCCUGGAUCCGGCGGAGCUGCCGUUGCAGCAGCGCAAAGCCAUCUUUGAGAAGGCCCAGCCGGAAAAGGCCGAGCUGUCACUGAUGGAAAACGGAUGCUGUUUGAAAAACCCGCGGCCAUGGCGUCUCCCGAGAAAAAAGCCCAUGGUAGUCGCGUCACCCGAGAAGCCUACCGCGUCGCCGCGGAAGAAUGUCUCCUUCAGCGAUGUGCCGUCGCGGAAGAUUGUGUAUUAUGAAUCCUCACCGACGAAGGAUAUCGAAGCGCGUAAACAUAUUUUCGAGACGGUGGCUGCGAAGGCGCAGGAUCCUAAUGCGUUGAAGAAGGUGGAUACCAGGGAAAAGAAGAGUCCCCUUCGGUCGAGCGGAGAUUUUGAUAUGCGGGCGGUGGAUGGUCCCGUGGAGGUGGGGCCGCAUACCAAGAAGCUGCAGGAUAAAUUGUUGCAGCAGACUAAAGCCUGGAAGCAUAACGAUCUCAGCAAGAAGAUUGAAGGGGAGAAGCAGGAAGAUAUGGAAGUGCUAAAGCAUCGGCAUGAGCUCAUGUUGGCCGAAGAGCAGAGGGCUGCAGAGAGGAAAAAGUUGAUCGAACAGCACGCCGCCACCAUUACCCAUUCGGGCAUGUCCUCUCUGAACGACAUGCAGGAGGUCAAACGCGCCGACCCAUACGAUUUUCCUCCACCCAUGUUUUCGCCGCCGUCCUCGCAGACGGGUCGUCCCGUUGCCGAUGCUGUGGCCCGCUUUAACAAUCCGGCUUUGCGCCGGAAUGUGUUCGAUGAUGAAAUGUUACCGCCACCACCUCCUCCAUUGGACGACGUGGCCAUGCACUCAAAAUCCGCUAAACAUGUGCGUCUACCGGAGGAAGACGGUAUUGCUGACCACAGUUCAGAAGAAGAUUAUAAUGCACCUGAGACCGAUGACAUUUACACCAAGAAACCCACUUCGUACCACGACGUGCGGAAUAGUUCCGCUUCGAAGAACAACUACAUGGACUUUUCCGACGAUGACAGCCCACAGAAGGCAUACGGCGGGAUGCCCAAUCGCGCGCCGAAAUCGCCGCGUGAUCAGCAUUCGGAAAACAGUUCCGAUGGGUGCUCCUCUUCAGUGUCCUCCAUUACAACACCGACAAUCUCACUAAGUUUCUACCGGAAGACGCAGCGGGAUGCGGUUGUAUCGCCUCGAAAACGCAUUGUUAUCCAGGAUGACCAGCAGAGUAAUGCGUCGUCCGAGGAUAUGGAAAUGCAGAAAGUGCGAACAGUUGCGAUUCUGCAAAAGAAAAUCGAGGCUUUGCAUACGUCGGCCAGUCAUCAGCACUGCAUGCUGGUCCAGACGACAGCGGCAUUGAACCUGUGCCGGUCGACUCCCGAAUUUCAGGGCAGCGUGGAACGCGCGGAAUGUGAACGUCUGCUGUUGCUAGCCUCCAAGAAAAGGGAAGCGUGCCAUAAUGAGAUUGUCCGCUUGAAAAAUAUGGUGCUGGAGGUGAAGACCAACAAUUACAUCCCGGACAACACCGUACGCGGGAAGAUUGUCAUCAACCAUAUCAUUCUGCCGACGAAGGAAGGAUUUGCCGAGUGCAUGGCAUCGCAGUCGGAAGUGCUGCAUUAUUUCCUUGUCCUGUUCCGUCAGAGGGAAAUCGUGCUGGGCACGCAGAUGGUCAGCACUCUGCAGCAUCUCCAGCAGGAUGGAACGUUUCACUUUACCGGGCCGUUGGUUUUUGAAGAUCUGGAAAAUGAUUUCACCAUGAGCGUGGAAGUUUAUGCUGUGCAAGCUAAUCAGGAGCAGUAUUCCCAUGCGGAGAAGUAUCAUCUCAACGGGAAAGCAUCGGGUAAGAAGCAGAAAGGCGGUACACUGAAGAAACUGCUGCCGUCGUUGCGCGAGGGAUCCGCCAGUCAUGUGGUCACUGGGACGCCGACCAAGCAGGAAAUACGCCAGUCGAGUUUCGGUUGUGUGGGAGCCACUACGCUCACUCUCCAGAAUCUCCAUGAAAAAGUUCUUGAACUACAUAAGGUGCCAGCGGAUUCGGCCGUUGAGGGGUCACUCGUAAUGGAAAUGAAAUGCGGGGUGUCGCUGGAAAAUCGAGAAGAAGGCUUCUUGACCGUGGCCGAUGAAUCCAAUCCGUCGGCGGACUGGUUCCGGCUGUACUGCGUUCUGAACGAUACCGGACUGUAUUUCUGGCGCUACCCGGAAGAGCGCGAUCAUGAUGUGGAUCCGCUGCAGUUUAGCUUGCGCUACUGCAAGGGCGGUGUCCAGACGGUUAGCUCAACAGUGUGCCCGCGGCCCCACGUUUUCCAGCUGACCUCACUUCGUCCCUUCAAACUGUUUGGCGAGCCGCAAACUUCCGGUCCAUACAAGUAUUAUUUUGCCGCUGACGGGAAAGAAGAGCGUUUCGUGUGGAUGGAGAAACUGACGAAAGCGCUGGCCGCGGUGGAAGCCUGGAUUCCGCCGACCUUGAACCGCUCCGUCUCCACGAGCCGCUACUGAACUGCCUCCCGAACCCUGGCAUUGGCGGUUCUUUUUAUCUUUAUCGAUAUUUGGAUAUUUAAGCUUUGCAAGGGCGUUGUUGUACAGCAGUGGUGAGAGUUUCAUUAAUGUGUGUGUGUGUACGUUUGUGUACUGGUGAGUUGUUUCUCCGUGGUCAUAACGGUCAAAUUUUCUACUUUUUUUUAUGCCGCUUGUGCCAACUGUUUCUGUGCUUCUUUGUGACUUCGUUAUCUUUUCUGACUUGUAAGUAUUUUUUCGCGUAACACAAGAGCCUUUGUUUUCUUUUUGCGGGUUUACGGCUCCGCCGCGUGUGUGAGCAAUCAUGGUUAAACGUCCCGUAAGCAGAAAUAAACAGCGCAUGCCGAAAAA